CCAGCCCGGCUGCCGCGGCUCCCUGCCCGCCGCUGCCGGUGCCGGUACCGGUGCCGGUGCAGGGCCUCGGCCAUCCGCAUGUCAGACCAUCACGACCCCCACUAUGGGGAGUCAGAACCCCAGCACGGCAUCACUGUGGUCUUCCUCCUUGUCCUUGUCUUCUUCAUCAUGGGGCUGGUGGGGUUCCUGAUCUGCCAUGUCCUGAAGAAGAAGGGUUACCGGUGCCGCACCUUCCGGGAUGAGCUUGACCCAGAUGACAAAGAUGAGGUGGAGGAGCUCGACGAUGAUGAGGCUGACAAGAACGAUGACACCGUGGAGAAGAUUGUGAGAUGCAUCAUCCAAAAUGAAGCAAAUGUGGAGGCCCUCAAGGAGAUGCUGGGGGAAAAUGAACCGGACGUGCCAGUGCCAGUGCCCAGCCUUGGUCACCACAGCAGCAGCCAGGACGGGGGCCCGCCCCAUCACCACACGGUGCACCUGGGCUCCACACACGCCCCCUGCAUCCACUGCAGCAGGAGGAAGAGGCACCCCCUGCAGCGCCAGGGCCGCUCCAAGGAGGGCAAAAGCAGGAUGCACCCUGGAGAGACCACCGUCUUCUCAGUGGGCAG